AUGACGACCAUAUUCAGCUCGCGUUUCCAUCGCAAUGCAAGUGAUUUCACUACGAAAAGAGGUAAAAAGUAUGUGAAUGAUAUGCAAAGUGACAGUUCGGAUGACGAGUGUCCGCUAGGUGGCAACGUGCGUCAAAACCCGAUGUCAGGACGUUUGAACCAAAGGUCUAGAGAGUCUUUGGAAGGAGACGGUGCUGUGGACCGUUGUAGUACAGUAGAAACUAAAGUCAAGAGCAUAAAGAGCAAGCAUAUUGAGACUGAAAAGAAGCAGAAUACGCUGGAAUCCCUGUCUUGGAGUGAAAGCAGUCGGACAAGUAGGAGACAAUUGGGAAAAAAGUGGUAUAACGAUUCGGAUGAAGAGGAGGACGAGGUAGUUUUGAAGCAAGUGGUUAUGAAGAGUAAAGUUGAGAGCAAUCAGCAAGAUGAGAGAAAAAAGGGCUUGAAUCGGGACUUGUAUAUUGCAGGCUUAAUGGUGGAGUCGCCCAAGAGGAAGUGUGACAAGCCUGCAUUGAUGAUGUCUGCAAAUCAAUCACGGUUUGAAUUCAACAGACUGGCGAUCGACAAAAACGAAAGAUUAAGGACAAAGGAAAGCACAUUCGACGCCAAUGGAAAAGCAGCAUUGUCAUCGGAGUUACUUGCUGCCCAUAACUCUGUGAAGAAGAACACGCCGUCAGCAUCAGAGCACACGACGUUAGAAACUCAACCUUGUCGCAAAACUAGAAUUGGAAGACCUGCAGAGGUGCAGACAAAAGGCAAUGGUAUUGCUCCCAUCGUCCUUAUAAACCGUCGCACUGAUCAGCUAAAACAUUCUGCAAGCGGAUCUGACUACAGCGGAUCGCCCAGGUUGGCAAUUAGCCACAACGAUGAGGUGCUCAGUCCUGGUCUUCGUAAAGUACCUGGGGCACUACCCGGAAGACCUGGCAGUGGCGUACUGCUAGAGGGUUGGCUUCGUCAGAAACAACGCCGCGGCAUGAAGGGACUAAAGAAGUGGAAUUCACGCUACUUCGUUCUCUACGCACAAUCAAAUGAGGUUCGCUAUUAUGCAGACGUCGUUCAGUCUGCUUGGGGGCCAAUUCCACUUGGCGAGAUUGGGUCAAUAUCGUUGCGACUUAUUCAGCGUAUCGGCAAGCUUAGUCACCCUAAAUACAAAGGCUGUCGCUUCGAUAUCACGUGCCGCAAUAGCUGGGGCACACAUUAUCCUGAUGACUACGUUUCUUCGGACGAAGAGAAUGCAAGCAGUAACAAUCAUACAAACUCGAACAGCGAAAAAACGGAGGCGACAGUUUCAAAACAGGAAAAGGGCGGCACUCCGCGAUCCUCUCGGGUGUACAGCUUAGUUGCCGACUCGCCACAGAUCACGAUAGCAUGGGUAAACAUGUUGGACUCGUUGCUAACGCGCAGUGCCAAUAGCCCGCGACCUGACGUAGGUUCACCAUGCAAGACCACCAGUGGAACGCCAACCGCUAAUGUCAACGGCGGGACCAAAGAGCCCCAAGCUGUAGCACAGCAACGGUCGAGUGCUCCAAAUACGGAGUCUGUUGUGAUAUUGGGCCCGGGAGAAUGUGUACCGAAGGCUACCAUUAACGCCAUAAACUUCAUCUUCGAUUCGACGCCAGGCAUUGAGACAGAACUAUUCUACGAGGUCGAACCUGAUGCUACAAAGCUAAAGGCUGCCCUAAAGUUCUUGAAUGCGUUUGCUGGUGAGACUGUGACUCGCAAACCGACUAAGAUUGAGUUGGAGGAAGUGCUGGAUGCCAUUACCGCCGGUGCUGUCGUAUGCCUGUGGUUAAAGCAGCUUGAGCAACCUUUGAUCCCGUUCAUAUUGUACGACGACUUUGAAGCACUUGCGCGUAAGGCGCAAACUGCGCCAAUGGAUCUUCGUCCGAAACUCUGUGCGUUGCUUAAAGCUCUGCCCACGAAAAAUCUAACGAUGCUAGCCUGUCUGCUUUUCCACUUGAACGACGUGAAUAUGUAUUCAUCCAAGAACGGGAUGGACGCAGCUAAACUAGCGCAUCACUUUGCACAGUUUAUCCUGCGUCCAGAAAAGAAGAAAAUGCCAUGUGAAAGCAAUAACGCCGUGGAUUGUGCUAUCACAUCUCUUGUCAAAGAGAUGAUUAUUAACGUCGACACGUUCAUUGAUGAAAAGGAAGCUCAAGUUCUCGAGGAGAAUCGACUGGGAUAA